UCCUGACGCAGAUCCGCCGUGGCUCCGCUGCAGGCCGCUUGCCGCCUCCGCGCAUGUGCCUCAGGCUUUCGUAGCGGCGGCGACGACAGCGGUAGCUGCGGAGACCACGACGACGACGACGCCGGGGCUUUCGCCUCCUCCCAUGGCCGGGACGCGCUGGGUGCUGGGCGCGCUGCUCCGGGGCUGCGGCUGUAGCUGCAGCAGUUGCCGCCAGACCGGCGCGGCCUGCCUGCCGCUGCGCCACGCCGCCUCAGUCUCCUCCUCAGCCGCCGCCUCCGCCUCCGCCUCCUCCUCCGGUUCCCUCGGCCUCUCCGGCCGCCGCCGCCUCCUGUUCUUGCUCGGGGCAGCCACGCAGAGCCGCGAGUUCGCCGGCUCCGCCGGGCCUUUGCCCGGCUUCGGCGCCCUGAGGAGCUCGCUGCUGCCUCCGGCCCUCGCGGGGACAUGCUACAGCCAGGAGCACAGCCCUCCAUUUCAUGAUGAAUAUCCGCCUCUCUCAGAGUAUGACCCAUCUCCAACUAAGUCACAUGGCGAGGAAGAUGAUGUGUAUCUUAUUCGGGCCCAGGGUCUGCCUUACUCCUGCACCGAGGAAGAUGUUCUCAACUUUUUUUCAGGUAGCAAGAUUCGAAAUGGUGUGAAUGGCAUCCACUUCCUCUUAAACCGAGAUGGCAAACGCAGAGGAGAUGCUUUGGUUGAACUGGAGUCAGAACAGGAUGUGCAAAACGCCUUGGACAAGCACAGAAGAUAUCUGGGUCAGCGUUAUGUGGAAGUUUUUGAAAUACAUAAUGAGGAUGUUGAUGCCAUCAUGAAGAGCUUGCACUCCAGUUCAACAUCUGUGACAAACGAUGGAGUGGUGAGACUGAGAGGCCUUCCCUACAGCUGCAAUGAAAUGGAUAUUUCUGAGUUCUUCUCAGGUUUGACUAUAGUCGACAUAACAUUUGUCAUGGACCAGAGGGGAAGAAGGAAAACGGGAGAAGCAUUUGUGGUGUUUGCUACCCCUGAGAUGGCUAAUCAAGCCUUGUUGAAGCAUAAGGAGGAAAUUGGGAACCGAUACAUAGAAAUAUUCCCAAGCCAAAAGAGUGAAAUUCGAACACACAAUGGCUUUUUCCGGGGCAAGAUGAUGGGCUAUCCCACUCUGAAACAAGAUUCCGAAUCUGUUUUUGACGAAAGUGAGUUGAAUGAGGCCUUAAGACCGACUGCUACGUAUGAAAGUGAUAAAGAAAAUGAAGUUUUUAAGCAAGCAUUUGAAAAGCCUCGGGAUGUGUCGGAGUCUGGGAGUUUCUCCUCGCUUCACUUUGUUCAUUUGAGGGGUCUGCCAUUUCAAGCAACUGCACAAGAUAUUAUAAAUUUCUUUGCUCCCCUGAAACCGGUGAGGAUCACUAUGGAAUAUAAUUCAAGCGGGAAAGCAACGGGAGAAGCGGAUGUUCACUUUGAGACACAUGAAGAUGCGAUUGCAGCCAUGGCCAAGAACAGGUCGAACGUGCAGCAUAGAUACAUUGAAUUAUUCCUGAAUUCAUCACCAAGCAGAAAAAAUGGUUGCCAGUGACGAUGGCAUAAUUCCCAAAGUAUAGGAUAAAUCAAGAUGCAUUUCAUUUGCACAUUUUCCUAGAGCUGGAAUAUAGGUGUUCCCGUAACCGGCAAGGAAAAAUUCUAAAGGACUCUUUUUCUCCUGAAUUGCCUUUCAAAGUAAAUCUAGCAGCUGCAGCUGCAACCCCACAAAUCGUUUGUGCAGGAUCUGUUUAAAACCAAAAUUAAAGUUGAACUGUCCUUAAGCUUCUUGUUACAUGUCCUGGUAGACUGGGGCCCAAGCUGUGAUCACAGGGUUACAUAAAUGUCAGUUUCUAAAGCACGGAUGCUUCAGAUGCGUUGCUGAUUGUUUCACUCUGGUUAAGCAAGAUAGAAGUGGGCUGUGAUUUCAAUGCCAACUCAACAUUUAAAGUUAGGGGGAGAAGUGUGAGAUUCUGUAGCCUGCUGCAAAUUGCUUAUCUCUGGUAGGUAGAACAGUGUUACAUCUGCACCAGUCUGUUACAUGGAACUUAAUGACAGAAAUGCUCUGAUGCAGUAAUUCAUGGUAGGAGUUCUGUGGGUCACCACAAAGAAAGUUCCUUAAUAUUGACUAGGAUAGGGAAGCUGAAUUGCAGCAUAUGCUCAGCAGAGCAUGCAUGGGGCUUUUGGGUCAGAUCUUAGAUAGGGUGCUGAAUACUGACUAUAAAGAAACUGCUGUUUCUCCAUAAGUAGCUUCAGCUGUAUUAACAUUUAACUCGGAAGUUAGCAGAUUGUCAUAUGUAUGGUAAAGACUUAAUGCUUUCAGUCUUCAUCCUAGUAAGAUGGUUAGGUUGAUGCAACAGCCCUUGGAUCCAACUAAUUCCUUACAUGAAAACUGAUUUUUACCAUGUGAACGGUUUGAAUUUACCAUUACCUUGCUUGGUUCUGCCAGGACAUGCGCGAGGACUGAUAACGUUGCCAGCAUAUACUUGUGCGCCCAAAUCCCAGAUGAAUAUGAAGUAUAUGGUUGCUAACAUACGCAGAAAGUUUUAAAAUGCUAGUGCCCAUACUUCAGCUUUUCAGCUAAACUAGCUAGGCAAUUAAAGGAUUUUCAGAUGGGUGAUUAAAGAUUGCCAGGUGCUUUUGGCCCCUAUGUACAAAUCUGUUCUUUUCAUAGUAGAGACCAGCAAGUUUGAUAGGUGAAGCUGAGCCCAACUGCUGCUGCUACCACUAAGUAUAGUGACAAGUAGGUGUUAGACAAGUAGGUGUUAAACAUUGCUUAUUAGUUUUGCCUGUCUGAUCAAGUCAAUGUAUUAUUCUUAAUAAAUGAAAGCUUUUUUUCUUAAUGCA